AUGGCCCCAUCUACCCCUGGCCAUCGGACUGUGUUCAGCAACACAAGUCCGAACCUUCUAUCUCAGAACCGAAACUCAAUCUACGAGGGCAAGAAGAUCAUCUCUCCAAACUUUAAUGUUGUACUUUCUGACUGGUCUUUAUCCAGUCAAGCUCGCUCAAACUUGACGUUAAAAUUCCCAUCAAAUGACAACUCUGGAUCCCCAAAGAAACUGCGUAGGACAAACACCGCAGAGCUGUUGGACAGGUUCAUUCCUUCGAGACAAACCACGUCUGGAAAAUUGGCGUUGGACGAGGCGCUUCCAUCCCAAUGCCAGCUUCCUUACCAGCACAUUGAAUCGCAGACCACUCAAAUUUAUCAGGACACUGUUGCAGAGGCAUGUGGACUAGCUGUGGGUGAGCGUAUCUUACAAUUCCAACCUCUGCCGCCAGCAAGUAAGAAAGGAACUAAGCUCAAAAGUGGUCAAUUCAAAUCAAAAGCCGCCAUUUCGACUGCAGCGGCCCAAGCUCGAAUAAAGAAAGUGCCCACAUGCCCAGAAAAGGUCCUGGAUGCGCCAGGAUUCGUUGACGACUUCUACCUGAACCUGCUCUCCUGGUCACGUGAUAACGUUCUAGCGAUCGCGCUGGAAAACUGUGUCUAUUACUGGAAUGCAACCACGGGAGAUGUGGAUCUGGCUGCCGAGUGCGACAGCGUGGUCACAUCUGUUCGGUGGUCCGAAACUGGCGGCUACCUAUCCAUUGGCCUGGAUUCGGGAGCGAUUGAAAUUUGGGACCCUGAAGCUGGCUCGCGGCUUCGUAGCAUGGCUGGCCACCAAUCCCGGGUAGCUGCGCACGCUUGGAACGAGCACCUGCUCACAUCGGGAUCGCGGACUGGACAGAUAUUCCAUCAUGAUGUGAGACUCUCACAGCAUAUUGUUUCGCAACUGAACAACCAUUCUGCUGAAGUUUGUGGCAUUGAAUGGAGAAAGGAUGGCAUGCAAUUUGCUUCCGGAGGAAAUGACAACGUUGUGAACAUUUGGGAUGCGCGUUCGAGCGUUCCCCAAUUCACCAAGACUAGUCACACAGCCGCAGUGAAGGCUCUCGCUUGGUGUCCAACACACACGAGUUUGUUGGCUACCGGAGGAGGAUCCACCUGUCGCAACAUUCACUUUUGGAACACCACGACUGGCGCUCGCGUGAACACGAUCGAGACCAACUCGCAAGUCUCGUCGCUACGGUGGGGUUAUUCAAAUGGAAUUGGGCCAGAAAUUGCAGCUACUCAUGGAUUCCCGGACAACGAUAUCAGCAUUUACAGUUAUCCAUCUCUGUUGAAAACGGGCGUUGUUUCGGGAGCUCACGACUCACGAGUUCUACAUAGCAGCCUAUCACCGGACGGCACUACGCUAGCCACUGUGGCAGCUGACGAAAACCUCAAGUUUUGGAAAUUGUUCGAUUUACAAGAACAAACGCCAAACAGCGGUAAAGACAUCGCCGUGACUACCAUCAGGUAA